AUUUGAAAUGUUUGUCAAAUGAAAGUUUUUGAACAAAUAAUUUAUAAGUUCAAGCUGUUACUCGUGCUAAUUUGAUACCAUAAGAUGUCAUCAGGUAGUGAAAGUGAUGAGGAUUAUAUACCUGGAGAAGUAGAACAGGUGUCAGAGGAAGGAUCAGCAGAUGAGGAAACAGACUUACAGUAUGAACAAGAAUUAGAAUACAAAACAAAAAAGCGAAAAGCAAGUAAACAAUGUAAUGAAAUCAAGAAGAAGAAAAUAAAAUCCAGGAAUGACAUUAAAAAGCUGGAGGCAGUAACAGAAGUAAAUGUUGAAGUAACUGAAGAAGCUGUAGAUCCAGAAGAACAAAAGAAACAUGAGGAUGAUUUAUGGGCAAAAUUUUUAGAUGGAACUGAUACUAAACCUAAACCAACAUGUCAACCUACAAAAACGAAUGCCAAUAGUAUAGUUGAUAAUGCAGUAAAACAGCCAUCUGGCAGUUUUAAAGGAAGUAAUGAUGAUGAGAAGGCUAGAGAAAGACGUAUUUUUGAAUUUGCUGGUGAAACCAUUGUUGUGGAAAAUAAUGUCAUAAAAGAAAAAAUUAACAGUGCUGAAAGCCCUGCAGCAGCUAGUAAAUUAGAUGGUCCAUCAUCACGCGGCCGACCAUCAGGUGGCUUGUCCGGUUUAUUGAAUAAUUUAAACAAAACUGCUAAACUAUCUACUUUGGAGAAGUCCAAACUUGAUUGGCUAACAUAUAAGAAAGAGGAAGGCAUAGAAGAAGAAAUUGAAAGUCACAAUAAAGGCAAGGCUGGCUACUUGGAUCGACAAGAUUUUUUGGAACGAGCUGAUCUACGCCAGUAUGAAAUAGAACGAGAUCUGAGAAUGAGCCGGCGCAGUAAACGAUAAAAAGACUUACUUAUAUGCCAUACAAAAGGUUGUACUUGACUGGAUAAAUAGCAUACUAUAGAUGAUUGAUUAAUCAUCAAUAAAUCAUCCUUCGAUGCUUUAUCAAAGUUGCACAGAGGAUUUUCCGUGGAUGUGGAAAUCACCCAUUGUGUAUUUCGCGAUUUAUGUAUUUUAAAAAGGCCAUAAUUGUUCCUGAAUACUGUAAAUCACAGCAUACACUUUUAACACUUGUGAGCAAAAAACGAGGUUUUAAGUACUUAGUCUAAUUGUAACUUUAUUGAUUAAAUUGUAUGGGUUUUGGUGGGUGUAAAAAAGUGCUGAGAGUGGUCCUUUGUCUGCGCUAACUUUAAUCCACAUUUUUUGAUCGUCGCAUUUGUCUACGCAAAUGUCAACAAUUUUCAUUGUGGUUAUACCACCGCUGUGAUG